AUGACACUCUGCCAUCCGAUCUGGACCAACCAUGUUGAAGGGCUUGAUAUGUCUUACAUAACCACACAAAUGGUAGUUGGAGGGGAGCCAGCUUCAUCAUUUCCUAGGACAUUGUACAGAGAUCAGGUCAAAGUAAUCCUGGAGUACUUGAUAAGCAAAGUUGGAGACAAUUUCACAUGGGUCAAUCUACAGCUGGAGCCUUCAGAUUAUGAUUUUGAUUUGAUACAAAACUUUAAGGAGGGCGCUUUCAUUCAUUUUCCUUUGGAAGAUCAUCAACCUAUCCCAAUUUCAAAACUUCUCCAGAUAAUCUACAAGAUACACGAGACCUAUCAAGAAAACGACAAUGACCAUCUUAUUUACAUUCAUUGUAAACAGGGAAAGGGAAGAUCUGGGACAGUGGCGUGUGCCUAUCUAUUGUUCAAGUAUCAGUAUCUCUCCACACCCGACGAGAUCUUCAGCAGAUUCGAACAGAUUAGAAUGGCCAGAGGGUUUCACCAGAUUUAUAGCUUUUCCCAGAAAAGAUAUCUGGAGUAUUUCUAUGAUCUGUUGAUUAGUUCUGAAAGACAGCAAUUAUUCAAUCUAUGGUAUGGUUCUGGAGUGCAGGCUCAAGUAAUUCAAAUUCAAAUCCAUGGAUUAUACUUGCCUUUUCAACAACAGGUGGAGGUAGCGCUUGACGAGCGAAACCUUCUUCAAGAAAGUGAACUCAUAGUAAAGAGAGAUACUUUGUUGAUUAACCUUAAUCAUGUUGUUGAUCAAAGUGGUGACUUAAAACUACAACUUAAGACAUCCUGCUUUGGUGUCCCUUCUAGUUUUUCAUCUCUGUCUAUUAAUGUUUUGUUUGAGACAAUGAAUAACCCUAAAAUCACUGACUGCACUGAUUCGUUUGUAAAGUUCCUCAAAAAAAACCAAAAGACAGAAAUUAUCAUUCCUGAUGAAAUUAACGCAGAGCAACAGCCAACAGCUACAAAUAUGAAGUUCUCUUCUAUGAGCCCCGUGGAGAUACAAGUCCCACAAUGCAAAUUUGAUGGCAUAAAGGGAACUAACCAAAAAGGGUUGAAAUUUUUUGAGUACAUCAGACUCGUUGUGAAAUUAGAAUCUAGCGAUACCCGUCUCUUAACCAAAUCAAUGCAGGCUGUUCAAGCAUUUAACAGUAAGCUUUUGCAUCACAUGGCUAAGUCAGAACACCAAUUUUCAGUUUUGGGGAAUUGA